GCUGUCCACAUAUUAGACCACAGGCAUGUCCGAGCAACAGGAAACACCUCUGGGGGCGUUGCCACAGCGGAGGCAGUGUCCACGAUGCGGGGAUACAUUAGAGUGGUCACAGGAGCCAAGUGCUUUAUCGGGCUGUAGGUGCUACUCUCAGCUGGAUGAGGCGGUGGCGGCUGUGGGCCGAGGCAGAGGACUAGGGGCCCGUGGAGCGGGGGGGGACAGGAGCCACUGGGCCAUAGGACGAGUCGGUGACAUUGACUUCACUGGCCCCACCAGGACAAGGGGCAAGUUUGUGCGGGUCUGUAGCUCCACAGAUCCUGUUUUAAUCUACCAGCUGCUGACGGAGCAGUGGGGCCUUGCUCCUCCACACCUGGUGGUGGCGCUGGUGGGAGGAGAUGAGCUGGCCCAGAUGAAACCCUGGCUCAGGGAUACCGUGAGGAAAGGACUGGUCAAGGCUGCCCAGAGCACAGGUGCAUGGAUUCUGACCAAUGGUCUUCGCUUUGGCAUCACCAAACACCUGGGCCAGGCUGUCCGGGACCACUCUCUGGCCAGCACUUCCUCUAAGGUCAAGGUUGUUGCCAUCGGCAUCGCUCCCUGGAACAUGAUCCACAACAGAGAAGCGCUACUUGCUGCUAAGCCAGAUCAGCCUGCCGUCGUGGAACCUCAGGACCUACCCCACGGCACAGUGUAUCCCCUGGACUGUAACCACUCCCACUUUAUCCUGGUGGAGGAGGAUCCUCAGCGCCCCGGGGCCACCAGCGAGAUGAGGGUCAAGCUACUCAAGCACAUCUCCCUGCAGCGCACGGGUUACGGAGGUGCGGGUAGCUUUGAGAUCCCAGUGCUGUGUCUUCUGGUACACGGGGAACCCCAUAUCCUACAGAGGAUGUAUAAGGGCAUAGGGAACGCCACGCCCUGGCUGAUCCUGGCGGGAUCGGGGGGCAUGGCCGACAUACUGGUCACGCUGAUGAACCGCGGCUGCUGGGACUUGGACAGUGUGCAGAUGCUCCUGUUGGACACCUUUCCCAGGGUGCACCACAGCACCGACAUCACAAACUGGGCCAAGCUGAUCCAGAAGAUACUGGACCACGACCACCUCCUGACGGUUCACAAGCCUGAGCAGGAGAGUUCUGAGCUGGACACGGUCAUCCUCAAAGCCUUGGUUAAAGCCUGUAAAAGCCAGAGUCAGGAGGCUCAGGACUUCUUGGAUGAACUAAAACUGGCGGUGGCCUGGAACAGGGUGGACAUCGCUAAGAGCCAUAUCUUCAAUGGGGAUGUGGAGUGGACGGCACGCGACCUGGAGGAGGUGAUGAUGGACGCGCUGGUCAAUGACAAGCCCGACUUUGUGCGUCUUUUCGUGGACAAUGGCGUAUGCCUGGGCGAGUUCCUAACCUACGGACGUUUGCAGGAGCUAUACUGCUCUGUGUCUGAGAAAAGCCUCCUCCACCUCCUCCUCCUGAAGAAACACCAGGAGAAACAGCUCCUCCUGGGCUCAGCACGGAACCCCGGCCCCCCUCAAGACCACAACAGACCAGACAGUGGGGAACGGAAGACGCGCUUCACCUUGCACGAGGUGUCCAAAGUGCUGAAAGACUUCCUGCAUGACUCAUGUAAAGGCUUCUACCAGAAGCUGCCCACGGGAAAAACAGGCAGGAAGGCGGGUCGUCACUUUAACAACCAAAAGAGCCCGGCCGAGAUGGAAGAGCGCUGUGAGCACCCAUGGAGGGACCUGUUCCUCUGGGCAGUUCUCCAGAACCGACAGCGGAUGGCCAAUUACUUCUGGGCCAUGGGUCCCGAAGCUGUGGCGGCAGCGCUCGCGGGCUGUAAGAUCCUCAAGGAGAUGGCCCACCUGGAGUCAGAGGCUGAGUCAGCACGCAGCAUGAAGGAGGCCAAGUACGAGCAGUUUGCCCUAGAUCUGUUUGGGGAGUGUUACUCUAACAGCGAGGACAGGGCCUAUGCACUGCUGGUGAGGAGAACACGCUGCUGGAAUCAGUCUACAGUCCUCAACCUGGCAACCGAAGCUGAUGCCAAGAGUUUCUUUGCCCACGACGGAGUUCAGGGAUUCCUCACCAAGAUUUGGUGGGGGGCGAUGAAUACAGACACAUCUAUCUCCAAACUGGUGUUGUCCUUCUUCUGUCCUCCUCUCAUUUGGACCAACCUCAUCAAGUUCAGUGAGGAGGAGUUAGACAGCCGUAACGGAGAGGAAGAACACUGCGUGGAGCUGGACAGUCUGGACACAGAAAAGGCCCUGCUACUUACAGAUGAUGACCCCUUAGGCUCCGGAGGUCCCUCUGGUGGCGUGGAGAGUCAGAGUAGCGCUGCCGUGUGGUGGCGUUUCCUUCUGCGUCGCUGGCAUCGCUUCUGGAGCGCCCCGGUCACCGUGUUCCUAGGCAACGUCAUCAUGUACUUCGCCUUCCUCAUCCUGUUCACCUACAUGCUCCUGCUGGACUUCCGCCCCCCGCCCCCAGCAGGGCCUGGGGCACCUGAGAUCAUGCUUUACUUCUGGGUCUUCACUCUGGUACUGGAGGAGCUGAGACAGAGUUUCUUCACAGACGAGGACAUGAGCAUCCUGAAGAAGUAUAAGCUGUAUGUGGAGGAUAACUGGAACAAGUGUGACAUGGUGGCCAUCUUGCUCUUUGUAAUCGGUGUGUCUUGCAGGAUGGUGAAAGCCACGUACGAGGCAGGACGCACGGUCCUGGCUCUGGACUUCAUGGUGUUCACCCUGCGACUCAUCCACAUCUUUGCCAUCCACAAGCAACUCGGGCCCAAGAUCAUCAUUGUGGAGAGAAUGAUGAAGGACGUGUUCUUCUUCCUGUUCUUCCUGAGCGUGUGGCUGAUAGCGUAUGGCGUGGCCACACAGGCCCUCCUCCACCCCAACGAUCCUCGACUGGAUUGGGUGUUCCGCAGGGUCCUGUAUCGACCCUACCUGCACAUCUUCGGCCAGAUCCCACUGGAGGAGAUCGACGCUGCACGGAUGCCUGAGACCAACUGCACCACAGAGAUAGAGGAGAUCGUCAUGGGUACUUUGCCCCCAUGCCCAAACAUCUACGCCAACUGGCUAGUCAUUCUGCUGCUGGUCAUCUUCCUCUUGGUCACCAACGUUCUGCUUCUCAACCUCCUCAUUGCCAUGUUCAGCUACACCUUCCAGGUGGUGCAGGGCAACACUGACAUCUUCUGGAAGUUUCAGAGGUACAACUUGAUUGUGGAGUACCACAGCCGUCCUGCCUUGGCCCCGCCCUUCAUCAUCAUCAGCCACUGUUCCCAACUUCUCCUCAGCCUAGUCAAGAGGCCAGAGCCCAAACUGGAGCGUCUGGAGAGGGAGCUGCCUGCUGGCCUGGACCAGAGGUUGAUGACCUGGGAGACCGUGCAGAAAGAGAAUUACCUGGCCAAACUGGAACGCCAGCACCUGGAGAGCAGCGAGGAGAAAUUAAAAAGCACCUCCUCAAAGGUUCAGAGCUUAUUGAGGAUUGUUGGCGGAUUCAAGGAACAAGAUAAACGAAUGGCAUCUAUUGAAACUGAGGUGAGGUACUGUGGGGAAGUGCUGUCCUGGAUCGCGGAGUGCUUUUCCCAGAGCACACUGAAGUGUAACAGGGAAGCCCCCAGAGCUCCAUAUGUCAAGGACACCAGCGUACCAGGUGUGAAGCCCAGUGCUUCCAGAGAUCCACCUCAAAACGGGUCAGAUAAGGAGCUAAACCCAGAGAGAAAAAAGGCUGGACCAAGUCCCUCAGGGUAUGGAGCCAACAAGAGGUUUCCGUACAUCGACGAAUAACAGAUGAGAAGUGUUUUAAUCCCCAGCUUGGAAUCAGAAACACUCCUUUUGAGAAUAUUUUACGGGAAAUUAUCUGGUGUGCCGAUUGAGACGUGAGUGAAUCAAAUUCAAUAAAUUGCUUUGAUCCAAAUGUGUCC